CUUUAGUGAUUCCGCUGAUGUCGAGGUGAGGAAGGAUAAAGAACAGGAUCACAGGAUGAUCAGUAAUGCCAGGGAUAUAUUCAAACAUUUAGAGUCCCAAGAAGAUAAUCAACCAGAAAGAAAACAAAUCGAAAAAGUAAGACGGGUUGAGGUUAAGCCUGACUUUCUCCUGGACGGGCAGAACAAGGCAGAAGAACUCAGGAAGCAGAGAGAGAGGGAGAUGGACAUGAUGAGAAUGGCGCGACAGCAAGCUCUAGAGGAGGAGGAACGUGUCCAGGCUGAGUCUGCCAAGAGAUUUGUACGCGAGGUCUCCCCUGGGCUAGCUGCGGCUAGACAAGGGUUUAAAAUUGACAGACUUGAGGAAGACGACAAGUUGGAGAGAAUAAGAAUUGAACGGGAGAGAGAACUGGAAUCUAUGCGCAAGGCUAGGGCUAUGCAAUUAGAAGAGGAGAUGUUUGAGCAAUCGCGGACUCAAAAAUCGGAGGCUUCCCGUGAACUGGAGGCUUUCAGAGCGUCCCGAGGCCAACAGCCUCUGGGAGAACGAUAUUCAGGAAACCAGAAUCAAGAAAAUCAGGAUCAACAGCUGAGACGAGCACCAAGAUCAAAGAGGAUAGCGGACAAUUGGAUGAAACAGGAUGAAGAGGAUAAAAUAGAAGAAAUGAGGAGAGCAAGAGAACGAGAACUGGAAAUGAUGAUGAAUGCAAGAAAUAUUGCAUUUGAAGAAGAAGAGGAGGAGAGAUUAUACCAGGAGGCUCUUCGUAGGGAAGAGGCGGAGAGGAAGGGAAGAGAGAUGGCAAUGCUGGUUGCAGAACUUCAGAGGAUGAGAAAUGAAACUCAAGAAAGCGGAAUUCAGGACGAGAAAAUGACAAAGUAUCAAGAAGAGAUGCUUCAAAGAGUUAUGGAGCUGCAUGCAAUCGCCCGAGGGGGUCUACUUUCUAACUAAACUAUUGUCCGAGGGGCUCUACUUUCUAACUAAACUAUUGCCCGAGGGGGUCUACUUUCUAACUAAACUAUUGCCAAAUAAGAUCUUCUAUCUGACUAAAACUAAAAAUUGCCAAAGAAUUUAUUUUAUCAAACUAAGCAACUGAGGCUGAUGUUUAAAACAAAAGAUUGCGAAAGAAUUUUCUCAAAAUUUUAUAUUUUAAUAAUGAAAAAAACUAUUUUUUUUUCAACCGAAAAAUUGAAUGAUUGUUACAAAAUGCCCUUCUUAAUUAAUACAAAUGUUAUGCAACUUUUAUACCACUUAAAAAUGGUGUAUGAAGACUCUAUGUCUUAAGAGCCUGCAAUUGCAAUAAAAAAAAAAAAAUCUCCAUCGCUCAAUUUGUAAGAAAGAUGACUUUGUAUACAGAUAUUUAAUAUUUAAGCACUAACCUUUUAGAAUAUUGUGUUUUAAUGAACGGUAAUAACUUGAACAUUCUAACUACAAAUCUGAGGCCAAAUUCAAAUAAUUUGAGCCGCGGCUCAAAAAUAUGAGAUGCGGGUUAAACAUGGUUGGUUCCACAUGAAAUUGU